AUGGGAAAUUCUAUAUCAAAUCCCUCUGUAAAAGAAUUAUCCAAUUUAUCCAAUGAUAUUGGACAACUUUUUUCCAGUGGAGAUAAUUAUGACAUGAUUAUUCAAGCAGGAGAAGGUCAAAACAUGAAAGAAUUCUUUGUGCACUCAUUAAUUUUAGCAGCAAGAUCAACAUACUUUAAGGUUGAAUUGUCAUUGGAAAGAAAAUAUAAAAGUUCAACAAUAAUGAUUUCAAAAUUGGAAAAAGGUGGUAAAUUAAUUGGUGGUUACAAUCCGUUUAGUUGGAAUUCCAAUAUAUUCUUAAAUCGUUGGGGUUCAACAUCAGAUAGUUUUCUAUUUUCUUUCGCAAAUAAAAAAGAUCUUGAUUCGGGAAGCAUUGCAAGAGCAACAAGUGAUAAUAAGUAUCAAAAAUAUGCAGUGUUUUCUAGUUCAGAUUCAGGUCCAGCUUUUGGUGGACGCUGUGGAUGUGGUGGAUGUGAUUUAAUUAUUCAUGGCAAUAGUAUUAAUAGAUAUGUUGGCGCAUACCCUGAAGUAGAUAGUAUAUUACAUACCAAGAAUACUAAAACUAUUGUGGAUUAUGAGAUAUUUCAGGUGAUACAAGUCUAA